CCGAAGUCUCGCGCAUGCUCACAACGCACACGCGUUCAUGUGUUUCCUACGUCGGCUCCGGUGGAGGUCACAGUGAACCGUCAGAAGCCUGGACCCUGACCCUCUGUUGCCAUGGCAAAGCUGUUCGAGUCCAUUGGGAAGUUGGGAUUGGCCUUGGCCAUCGGAGGAGGCGUGGUUAACUCUGCCCUCUACAAUGUCGAUGCUGGCCACAGGGCAGUCAUCUUUGACCGCUUUAGAGGAGUUCAGGACACCGUGGUUGGAGAAGGAACACACUUCCUGAUUCCUUGGGUACAGAAACCCAUCAUCUUUGACUGCAGGUCCCGACCACGCAAUGUUCCUGUUGUCACCGGAAGCAAAGAUCUGCAGAAUGUGAACAUCACUCUGAGAAUAUUGUUCAGGCCUGUAGCAGGUCAGCUACCAAGGAUCUUCACCAGCAUUGGUGAGGACUAUGAUGAAAGAGUGCUUCCUUCCAUCACUACUGAAGUGCUGAAGGCUGUCGUGGCCAGGUUCGAUGCAGGAGAACUGAUCACUCAGAGAGAGCUCGUGUCCAGGCAGGUCAGUGAAGAUCUGACUGAGAGAGCGUCCACCUUCGGCCUCAUCCUUGACGACGUCUCACUGACACAUCUGACAUUUGGUAAAGAGUUCACAGAGGCUGUGGAAAUGAAGCAGGUGGCCCAACAGGAAGCUGAAAGAGCGAGAUUCGUUGUAGAGAAAGCAGAGCAGCAGAAGCAGGCAGCCAUCAUCUCAGCAGCGGGUGAUUCUCAGGCUGCGCUGCUCAUCGCCGACUCUCUGGCCGAGGCAGGAGACGGCCUGGUGGAGCUGAGGAAGCUGGAGGCAGCUGAGGACAUCGCCUUCCAGCUAAGCCGCUCACGCAACGUCACCUACCUGCCCUCGGGUCAGGGCACACUGCUGCAACUGCCCCAGUGAGGCUCAUACACACAAACAAACAUGAACCCACACACUUCAGUUCACUACCCUUUCCAGGAUAACUUGAUGAAGGAAGCAUGGCAAGGAGAAAGAGCAACAGCUCAAGAGCCUACACACGACGUAUUCAGAGAUGGUCAGCUCUCCUCUCUGUUUUAUUAGUCUCACUAUCUCUGUCACUCUCUCUAUGGCUGAAGUUAUGGACUGGAGAUUUUCCACCAGUGAAAUGGAGUCAGAGGGUGGAUCGGGAACGCAGCAGCUCUGCAGUGUGUGUGUUUGUGUUUGUGAAAUGUAACGUAACGUUAAUUAUGUAUUAAUGGCUAAAACAGUCUGAUUGUGACAGAUACUCCCCCAAAACAGCACUGGAUUCUUCAAGAAUAAGAAAUUAGACAAAAGUCAAAUGCAGUUAGUAGUGGGUGAAAUCAGUUCAUGUGUUAGUCUCACUCUCUGUCCCUGUAAGCCUGACUGUUGCUUUUUUGUUCAUAUUGUUUUUCUAAUUGUGUGGCAGAUGGUACACAUGUGCAUUCCAGAAGUCACAGAUUGGUAAAUUAAAACAAUUUCUACUGAAAUGUAAUGAAACCGUCAGUGUGAAUCUGAAUAAACUACAAACGAUCUUUGGUUCCUA